UCUAUUAUGUGAUGGUAAUAAAAGGUCCGCACUUCCCCUGGACCCAUUCUAUCGGCGCAGCACCACUGGAUGCACCAAUGGCUCCCAACGACUUUACCGGACAGGUGGCACUUGUGACAGGUGGUGGCAGUGGCAUCGGGCGCGCCACGUGCCUGCAGCUUGCCCGCGAUGGUGCGCGUGUGGUGGUUACGGACUUCAAUGUGAAGACGGCCAGUGAAACCCUCAGUCUGAUGCCAAACCCCGAGAAGCACCUGGCGCUGCAGAUGGACGUGACACAGCAGAGUGCCGUGCAGAGUGUUAUCACCACAGCUCGGGACAAGUACGGAGAGCCACCCAGCCUGCUGGUCAACGCCGCCGGUAUCUUGAUCACUGAUCCAUCCGUUGACAAGACGGGCACUGAUGUGAUCAACGUGAAUCUUAAGGGCAUCUUCCUUGUGACCCAGGCCUUCACUGAGGAGCUGCUGCGAGGGAACGAAGGGGCACAGGAGGGAAAGGGCGUUAUAGUCAACAUAGCAAGCAUAGUUGGCAAAAUAGGUCACCCGGAUUUCAGAUACUACGCAGCAUCGAAAGGUGGUGUUAUUACUUACAGCAAGUCCUGCGCCGCCGAGAUGGGCCAGGUAAGCAUCCUUGCUUGGUUCAUUAUCGAUAAUAUGUCAAUAAUAUUCGACACUGGGAGUAAGUGGCUGUUUACUCGACAGAAGAUAGCUGAGGUGAUCGUGUUUCUGCUGUCAAGGCGCAGCAGCUUCAUGGUCGGUGCAUGCGUGGAGGUCACCGGCGGGGAAGGCAUGUGAUGGGCGCCGCGGUUCGAAGAGUCGUGUCGCGCGGAAAAAGUUGUCUUCAGAAAUAUAACACUUUACUUGAGCUUUGGUUUUGGAAGUGACGAGAAUGUAAUAGCUACAGGAUUCGGUAUGUUCAGUGUUUGAUAUACCUGCUUUAAUAAAUGUACAUAAAAUAUC